AUGUAUCAAAACAUGACUCUUGCGGGUGCUUCUUUUCCGAGUAUAGAACUGCCGCCGACACUCCCUGACCACUCUAUAACCUUUUGGCCACUUGCAGCGUUGCUUGCCCUUAUGGUCUAUUUUUCCUGUAAUCGACCACUCGGUAAUAUCAGAGACAACCAAAUCCCCAAAGGGCCCAGAGGCCUUCCUAUUCUGGGCUGCUUCCUAUCUUUGACCAAAUUCCCUGAACUUACGCUGGACAAAUGGGCCCAUCAAUACGGCGGGCUCUAUUCAGUCUGGAUAGGCAGCCAACUGUUCGUCAUAAUAUCCGACCCAAAGGUCGCCAAAGACCUGAUGGUCACGAACGGCACGGUAUUCUCCUCGCGAAGGGAAACCUAUAUUAAGGGCCAAACAGUCUUCAGCCUCCGUGGUGUUGUUUCCAAUCCCUAUAACGACCGGUGGCGCAAGCACCGCCGUCUUGCCAACAACUGGCUGACUCCGCGCGCUGUAAGAACAUAUGUCCCGAUGAUGGAGCGCAAGUCGAGAGCUCUCAUCAAGGACAUGCUCGAUGAGAGUCAGCAGGGGUUGAUACCCGUUAGCCCCCAGCCUCACGCCAGUUGCUGCGCAUUCAGCGUUAUGGCUGAAAUCACUUUCGGGGCCCGCUUUGAAGGAACCGACCAUCCGGUCGUGAAGCGUGGCGCGGAGCUUAACAAGGAGUUUGUGAACUGCACUGGCCCCGUAUCUAACCUCGUGGACUUCAUUCCCAUCCUGCAAUUCUUCCCCAGUGCCAUGCAGAGACGCGCAAAGAAACUCCACUGCGGCCUGGUGGAAACAUAUGGCGGGCUGCUUACGGAGAUUGAACAGAAACUGCAGCAAGGAGUGGAUGUACCGAAAUGUCUUGCGAGAGCUCUAGUUGAGUGUCGCGAGAAAGAUGACUUGGAUGAUCUGGACGCAGCCAUGCUGGUCUCUGCUUUCAUGAUCGGGGGUGUUGAGACGACCGCCGCCAUAAUGCAAUGGUUCUUCGCAAUAAUCCCAGCAUACCCCGAGAUCCAGAAAAAGGCCCAGGCCGAGCUCGACCACGUAGUUGGCCGUGAGCGUCUACCCAACAACGACGACGAAGAGAACCUCUCCUACUGCCGCGCCAUAAUCAAAGAAGUCGGACGCUUCCGCAGCCCUUUAUGGCUGAGCACCCCGCAUUCAACCAGCGAGGACUUUGUCUACGGCGACCAGUUCAUUCCCAAGGACACAGUUGUCUUGCUGAAUACAUGGACAAUGCAGCGAGACCCCGUGCGUCACCCAAACCCGUAUGAAUUCGACCCCGAACGGUACAUAGACGACCCCCUCAGCUCCUCCGAGAGCGCCAAAACGCCCGACCCCAUGCAGCGCGACCACUGGGUAUUCGGUAUCGGGCGACGAGUGUGUCCCGGGAUUAUGGUCGCCGAGCGCGAGCUCUUCCUUGUUAUCUCGCGGAUGCUCUGGGCGUUUGAUAUGCGUGAGAUUCCGGGCGAGCCGGUUGAUUUGAAGGAGUAUGAGGGGUUGUCUGGGAGGUCCCCUAAGCCGUUUCGGAUUCGGCUUGUGCCGAGGCAUGAGGGUGUUGUUGGGGUGUUGGAGGGUGAUUCUCAGUAUAGAUCUAGAUAG